AUGUCUUUCGAUCCAAAGAAAGCCAGAGAAGCUCGAACUGAAAAGGCAGUUCUCGAGGCUAAGCUCGCCUCACGCAUCAACAAAAUCAAGUCUGCCGUCAACUACAUUGUCGUAAACACUAAUUCAGACCCGCAUUGUACCAAUUACGAUGACGCAUACCCCUCCAAAUUUGAGAUGCAGAGUUCUAAGUCGGACAUUGAAAGAGUUUUUGGUCUUUUCCGUUCCCUCGACAACCACCAAAAUAGAUAUUUCGGUACCAUUGGAAAAAAACCUGACUUGGGAAAAUCACCUCGCAUUAACAUUUUGAGAUGUAACCCUCUAAAUGAAGCUCCCUACCAAGGUAUCCGUUUUGUUCUGCAACGCCGAGUCGAUGAUGGAUUCACCUAUCUAGACGACUGUCCCGACGAGCAAUACAUCGAGUUUCGCUUCUAUGCUGACAAGUUCACUCUAUCUUACAAGGUAAUCGAUGGAACAGCCAAAGAUGAAGUCCAAUCACUUACCACUUCCACACUGCCCGAUGGACCGCUUCUCUCCGUCAAAUUCCUUCUCAAAUCUGGAGGUUUCUCUGUAACUGGCUUGAAUAAUGGUGCAUUCAUUGAUCAGAGUGAUGCUUCCAAGCUUUUACAUGAUCAGAUCCACCUGUGGAAGGAACAAGGCGAGUUUGAGUAUAUUACCACAUUCACCCCAUUUUGGCUCCAGUAUUUCGAUGUGACCGCUCAGAUGUUUGCGAAAUUUGGUCAACAUCCAGGCUUCAAGCAGUAUGCGCAGAAUGGUCUGCCAGAUGGUCAGCCCAAGGUACAAUGGAAUGUAGCCCAAAUUCUGAAGAAGCAGAACGAUCAAAGUGCAAUGUUUCCAUAUCCAGACUACUACCCACCGACCCCUAAUUUCGAUCACUGGAACAAUUUCUUGGUACGUAAUUUCUAUGCAGCCGCACAAGAACAUCUUUGGAUCAACCAGUUUUGUGAGGAGCUGCGUGACACUGGCAUUCCAUCGAGAUGGUUUCAGAACUCGAACUCGACAGACAACUUCGCGAUCUCUGUGGUCUUACCAAAACUCAAAACCCCACGUGGCAAUAUCUUAUCAGUCGAAUCUGAAGUGUUCGUACAUUUCCGCCCACGCUCCAUCGAUGAACGCAAGCCAAAGGGUGACACUCAAGGCUGGCAGGCAUUUGUCGAACCCACAAAUCUGAUUCGCCAUGAUGGUGGUAUCCUAUUGACUUGUACCCGCACCUUUCAUCAAAAUGAAGACGAUGAUAAGUAUAUCCCCGCAGAUGUGGCCCCAAACGGUACCUUGAAGCCUAAACAGCCUUUCGUUGAGAUAUACCUUCGAGUUGUUGAACCAGAAACUUCUGUCAAAGCCAGAGUUCGUGCUUUAAAUGAAUGGGACCCGAAAAACGAUGCAUCUGCCCCUUCUGAAGAAGACAACAACGCUGAUGAGCUAUCAUUUGGGCAGAUUGUAAUGAAUCAACUGGGCUAUGGUCACAAACCUUCGAACAGAAUCGGCAAUCGUAACGCUCUUCGUCAGGUUCUCUUGGGACAUGGUGUGCUCGAUUCUAACGACUUCUUCUUGCAAGAUAUGGUGUUUGACUUACCCAGCGAACAAUUCGAUCUCGUAUUCAAGGAUGCAACGGAGAGACAGACCAUUAAAUUGAAGAAGUUUUCCAGACACGUUCCUAUGGCGAUUUUACCAAUAAUUGGUCCAGCUGGAACAGGAAAAACCACCAUGACUAUCUCCUUUGUCCAUUGUGCCAUCCUUGCCAAUAAGAAGACUCUAAUCGUUAGUACUACCAAUGUUGCCACCACCAAUAUCUAUAAGCGUAUGGCGAGCAGAUUGGACAGCCCCGAAUACCUUCACGUUCGCCUUCAUACGCAAAACAUGGAGUUGACGAAGUUCCGCACUUACGACUGUACGAAGCCAAUGACACAUCCCGAUAACUUAGGCACCCCAACAAAGGUUUACAACUUCGAGGGAUCCCUGGCACAUAGAAUGCUUCAAGUCAUUGGUGUCCUCUCGUGUCAAGGCAACCGUGUAUUAGAGAGACUCAUGCCCAGACAUAUCCAACUCAAGGACGCUUUAAUCGUCCUCAAUGAGUAUCACAAUAGUGGGGAAGAGAGACACACGGCUGAGCUUUCAGAUGCACAGGAGAAGUUCAACGUCCUUGCCACAGCUUGCGCUGUUGAUAUCUUAACACACUGCAUCACGGUCUCUGCAACUACCAUCGCCGCACUAACUCCUUGGCUGGCGUGGUUCCGGGCAGUUUUCGAGCUUCUCAUCAUCGAUGAAGCUGGUUGUGUUCCUCUCCUUGAAGUCCUACUACAUAUUAACCCCUUCAUCCGUAUAAUCCUAGUUGGUGAUACAAAACAAUUCUCACCCUACGUCGGAACCCACGCUAUGACAUACACGGAGCCUCCUCAUAGACGUGUCAACACCUUCUCGGAUCAGAUCGGAUAUACACUAUUACACAAUCUUCAGGCCAAUGGCUGGCCAUGUUUGUUCCUCGACGAACAACUGCGCACAGAACCCGGUUUGAGCAAGAUAACAUCCAAAUUAGUAUACAAGGGUCUUGUUAGUGAUUAUCACGGAUUAAAAUUGACAGCCUUGGGUCGCAGCUUCGAGAGAUUUGUGGUUCAACACCUUCGCGGCGACAUGCAUCCUUACCAUCUCACCCUCAGCCCAUCGGGAGAAGUUCUUCCGGUCUUUGUCGACAUUCGAAACACAUUCAGUCACAAGCAAACCUUUGGUACCAGUCGUGGCAACACAUAUACCGCCAAUUAUGCUAUCAAGCUGUGUGUUGAUAUGGUGACAAACAUCCCCGGACUACUUGAUGAAGAUUGCCUGAUCAUCACUCCCUACAAGCACCAGGUGUCCCUUUUGCUCACGGCCAUAGAAUUUGCGGGCAGAAAAUUUCCUGUCUCCACCACUGACUCUUUCCAAGGUAUGGAGGCCAAGGUGGUUAUCUUCGAUACAGUCUGUUCUGCAUCUCAACGUAGACCAGCAAAUCCCACAGAUGUCAAGAACUCUCAUCUACACAUUUUUGAUUUCAUUGCUGAUGCGCGAAGAUUCAAUGUUGGCCUUAGUCGCAUGAAGUCUGGAUUGAUAAUUCUCGCGGAUUCUCUCAUUUUCAAAGACAUGAUCCACACCUCUAUCUGGAGAGACACAUAUUCUAUGCUUAGUCAAGAUGGUAGAGUUAUCGCUGUGGAUGGUGAGAAAAUUCACAAUUGGCCACAUCCUUAUGUUCAUACCAUUGGUAGGGAUGAAUACCACACCAUGCAAGCCCACCAAACAGAUCUCCAGAGAAGUCGCCGGGAGCAGGUGUAUAGACAAUAUGGCGAUGGAUUUUCCAAUGGGCGUCUGGUUAGAAGGUAG